AUGAGCGGGCUGGGGGACAACUCCAUGGAGCCUCUGAGCUCAGAGAACCGGAAACGAAAACUGUCCACGUGCGACACGCCGGGACUGGGGUGUGAGAGGAAGCGCCGGGAGCAGGAGAGUAAGUACAUCGAGGAGUUGGCCGAGUUGAUCUCUGCAAACCUCAGCGACAUCGACAGCUUCAACGUCAAACCAGACAAAUGUGCCAUCCUCAAGGAGACCGUGAGACAGAUCCGGCAGAUCAAAGAGCAGGGCAAAGCUACCUCCAGUGAUGACGACGUGCAGAAGUCGGACGUCUCAUCCACAGGUCAAGGCGUCAUUGACAAAGAUCACCUGGGGCCGCUCCUGUUGCAGGCCCUGGACGGCUUCUUGUUUGUGGUGAAUCGUGAGGGAAAUAUCGUGUUUGUGUCGGACAAUGUGACGCAGUACCUGCAGUACAGACAGGAGGAGCUCAUCAACACCAGCGUCUACACCAUCCUGCAUGAAGAAGACAGAGAGGAGCUGCACAAGAACUUGCCCAAGACCAACCUGAACGGAGUGUCGUGGGGCGGAGAUGCAGCCCGCCAGAAGAGCCACACCUUCACCUGUCGGAUGCUGGUGAAGUUUGGCCACGCCCACGGCCCGAUGGAGGAGGGGCACGGAGGACCCCUGUACGAGACCAUGCAGUGUUUCGCUCUGACGCAGCCUAAAGCCAUGAUCGAGGAGGGAGAAGACUUACAAUCAUGCAUGAUCUGCGUGGCACGUCGAGUGACAGCGAUGGAGAGAACCGAGAGCUUCAACACGCGGCACGAGCUGUCAGGUAAACUGAUUCAGAUCGACCAGAACUCUCUGCGCGCCUCCAUGCGGCCGGGCUGGGAAGACUUACUGAGACGCUGCAUUCAGAUGUUCCUCCAGCACAGUGACGGACAGCCCUGGUCACACAAGCGCCACUAUCAUGAAGCAUUCCUGCAGGGCCACGCUGAGACGCCUCUCUACAGGUUCUCUCUGUCAGACGGGACUCCGGUCACAGCCCAAACCAAGAGCAAACUCUACCGACACCCGAUGAGCAACGAACCACAAGGCUUCAUCUCCACCCACCUGCUGCAGAGGGAACCAAUCGGGUACCGCUCAAAUCAAGGCGGAAACAUGAUGCCAAACCCCAUGAGACAGCAGAGUAUGGGAGGUCCCAACCCCAACGCCCAGAUGUCCAUGAACCCCGGUGCGGGCAUGGGGAUGGGCAACAUGAGCAACAUGAGCAGAGGCUAUGGCAUGAGCGAGCCCAACCACAUGGGUCCUAUGGGGGGAGGCGGCAUGUACGGACCCAACAGUGGAGGAGGAGGGGGAGGGGGCGGAGGAGGAGGAGGAGGAGGGGGCGGGAUGGGCAAUAGAAUGAUGCAGAUGAACAAUAUGAACCCGAUGGGGCCCAUGAACCACCCCGGACAGGGCAUGGCACAGCAGCCUCCCUUCCAGAGCAGCGGGGGCUUUGGGCUGAGCGGCAUGAACAGUCCGUCUGGAAGCCCCCGCAUGAGUGGACCGCAGCAAGGCCUCCUCAUGUCCCCACGGACCAGAGGCAGCCCCAAGAUGGGAGCCAACCAGUUCUCACCCGGAGGCUUACACUCUCCCAUGGGGGCCCUCGGAAACAGCGGAGGAAGCAGCAGCAGCACCACCACGUUCUCCAGCAGCUCUCUGAACGCACUCCAGGCCAUCAGCGAAGGCGUGGGGAGCUCUCUGCCCUCCACGCUCACAUCUCCAUCCCCAUCUCACAAACCAGACAGCUCCCCCAGCGUGCACUCCUCCUCCUCCGCCUCCCAGCCCCCACAACUCUCCAAACCGGCUCCGGAGGGCUCCAAAAGUCCGGCCGGAAGUUUAGCAUCUGACCACCACCACGCCAUGCAUCACCACCACCACCACCCGCACGCCCCGGCUGAAGUUUCUACCGAGCGCCCCGAUAGUCAAGCGGCUAAAGACACGGCGGAAACAGUCGGGGAAAGCAACGUGGGCACUUCUGAAGCGCAGCGCAGGGUCCCAGACAGUAAAGGCCACAAAAAACUGCUGCAGUUGUUGACGUCUCCCACAGAGGAGCUGGGACUGGGCUCGAGCGGGCCUCCGAUUCCGCCCCCACCAGCUCGAAGCUCCACUCCGGCGGACACGAAGGACCCCGCUGUAGGCAUGACUAGCCCUUCUUCCACUGGCGUGUCCUCCUCAUCAUCAGCCACUCCUAAUCCCGGGCAAAGCGUUCCAGGCGGUGCGUCUGCUGCGGCUCUAUCGGCAGCCCAGUACACCGGCUCGCUUCAGGAAAAGCACCGGAUUCUGCACAAGCUCCUACAAAACGGCAAUACUCCGGACGAGGUGGCGAAGAUCACGGCCGAAGCCACAGGGAAAGUGACUCUCGGAGGGCAGGAAGUGGGGGAGGCGGGGGCAACGGGGACCGGGACUGGCCCCGCGAUGCUGACGGAGCCCAAGCAGGAGCAACACAGUCCCAAGAAGGAGAAGCCCCAUGCGCUGCUUCACUACCUGCUGAACAAAGACGACUCCAAAGAACCACCAGACGUCAAGCCCAAACUGGAGGAUUUGGAGGGGAAAGGGCCUGGCAGAUGUGGGGCCCCCGAGCUGCCUGAGAGCAAGAUCAAGUCUGAGCCUCCUGAUGAGCUUCAUAACCUGGAGUCCAUCUUGGGAGAUCUGAGAGGUUCAGGCUCCGACUAUUACCCCGAUCAGGCUGGAGCCGGGGCCAGCGACACAGGAAGCAAGGGUUGCCUUGACGACGGGCUGCAUGGGAGUCCUGGGAUGGGUCUGGGGCCGCGGGGACAGUUUCAGAGGACUCUGUCUCUGGAUGGGAAACCUGGAGCAGGGAGACGUCCCAUGCUCAUCAAGCAGGAGAACGUGAUGGGCCCCGACGGCUUCCCAGGGAGCAUCGGACCCAUGAGCCGGGGCUCGGUGCCACAGAGGUCGCCCAUGGGAGGAUCUGGGGACUGGGGCAUGCCAGGCUCCACUGCCAGCCCAGGGGGGGCAGCAGGACACCCCUCUAUGAUGCGCCCUGGGAUGGACUACAACAGCAAGGCCAUGAUGGGAGGAGCUAUGGCCUCUCGCUCCAACAGCCUCCCAGGCACACGCUCCAUGCUGCAGCAGCAGCUCAUGGAUAUGGGUGGAUCUGGGGACAUGGGAAUGAGUCCCUUUAGCCAGCAGGGGCAGCCUAAUCAAUCCUCCUCCUGGCCAGACUCCAUCAUGGGCAUGGACGGGAACCGGCGUCCUUUUGGAAACUCUUUGGACGAUUUGCUGGUUCCUCCGUCGACCAGUGAGGGUCAGAGUGACGAGCGCUCGCUCCUGGAUCAGCUGGAUUCGCUGCUCAACAACACGGACGGCAUCGCUCUGGAGGAGAUAGACCGCGCUCUGGGCAUCCCAGACCUGGUGGGACAGAACCAGGGACCAGAGCAGCCACUCGAGUCUUUCCCAGGACAGGACCCCUCCAUGCUGCUGGAGCAAAAGUCCCUCUAUGGACAAGGUUAUCCUGGACCCCCCACGAUGCCAAUGCAGUCUGGUUACGGAGGGAACCCCAUGCAUGGACAGUCCCAGCAGCCCGGGUUUGGACCCAUGCUCUCUCAAAUGGGGCAGGGGGGGAAUUUCCCUGGCAUGGGGGGCAUGGGGCAUCCACGGGCUAACAUGAUGAGACCCAGAAUGAUGAGUGCCAACAAACCUAUGAGGCUGCAGCUCCAGCAGCGGCUCCAGGGCCAACAGUUUAUGAAUCAGACGCGACAAGGCAUGGGUAUAAAGAUGGAGAACCCAGGGGGAAACCCUGGGAUGAGGCCGGGCAUGCAGCCUGGCAUGGGAGGACAGCCUGGUUUUGUGAAUGCUCAGAUGAUGGCUCAGCGCAGCAGAGAAAUGGUGUCUCUGCAGAUGAAGAAGCAGAGGAUGAUGAUGCUGAUGCAGCAGCAGCAGGCGGCUGCAGCCGGAGGCUUUAGUCCUCCUCCAAAUGUCACAGCCCCUGGGGGCAUGGAGAACCCCAUGGGGGGCCCGAGCAUGGGCCAGCCAGGCCCCCAGCAGUUUGGCUAUGGAGGAAACUAUGGGAUGGGCCAGCAGCCAGAGGCUUCUUUUGGCCCCAAUGGAAGUCCUCCUAAUGCCAUGAUGGCAGGACGCAUGGGCCCUCAGAACCCCAUGAUGCAGCAGCAGAGCAGCCACAUGUACCAGGGCCAGGACAUGAAGGGCUGGGCUCAGGGGGGCAUGGGCCGCAACAGCUCUUACCCACAGCAGCAGUUUGCGCAGCACGGCGGCCCAGGGCAGCAGCAGUACGGAGGCAUGAUGAUGAAUGGAGGAAUGCCCUCAGGGGGGUCAGCGCACAUGGGGCAGAUGGGGGGACACAUGGGCAUGAACCCCAUGGUCAUGGGACGUAUGCCAAUGGGGCCUGAUCAGAAAUAUUGCUGA